CUGAUGACUAAAGUCAUUUUCUUUUGGACUUGCCACGUAGAAAUUAACGGCCGGUUUCAAACUAAGAUAAAUUAUUGUUUAACAAUCGUGAAACCGGCCGUAACUUAAUGCAGAUAACAUUUCCAAUAAUGGUUGACCCUCAGAAUCUACCAUGGGAGGUGCUUGCCCACAUAUUCGAAUAUCUGCCACGAAGAGACAGGCUGGCUUGUUCUAUGGUGUGUCCACAAUGGAAAGAUGGAUUGGACUACUUCAAAUUAUGGAACACUUUGAUCGUACACAUAGAUACUGAUUUAAUGGAACCCAGUACGGUGCUUUUAGUUAGAUAUUUUAACAAAUAUAUCAAGUCUUUGGAAAUUGGAUGGUCAUAUCCUCAAAAGUCCACAGUACCUCGAUUACCAUAUAAGCAUAAAGAACUGACGAAGAGAGCAGUAAGAUUAUUCAGCAUUUUAAAUGAUUCUCUUGUGCAACUUAAAUCCAUUAAAAUAUUUGACUGGUAUGACCGAUUUAAGAAAAUCAAUUACCAUUUAACAAGGUUUUUAGUGCGACAGGCUAGCCUGAAAAAAGUUACAUUUUACAAUGCCAAUCUGCACAAAAAUGACUGUCUUAAACUACUCGCCGCCUGUCUUAAUUCAAAAAGGACAAUAAAUUACUUGAUCAUUCACAGUUAUCACUAUUAUCAGUCGGCGUUUGACUCACCGGAAUUUCUUAGCUUCAUGGAACAGCUGUGCAACUUGACCGUAUUAGAAUUGGAUUAUUUUAUACUUUCAAGAGGUGUUAUCGAUGCUAUAAUUACUAGCAGAAAUAGGUGUUUGAAAAACUUGGAUAUUAGCAUUCGAGAUACAGAUGCCUUCGGCAAUCCUAUUUCAGAACAUGAGUGGAGUCGAUUAGGCAAAUUCUGUCCGGAGUUAAAAGUAUCCAUUACUAUCAGAAAUAUAUGUCAUUUUGAGGAAGUAAAUUUCUUUUUGAAGCCCAACAUACCUCUUUUCUCAUUCUCAAUGUAUAAUAGUAAAACUUGGGAUCAAUCAAGAAGUAGACAGUUUAGGAGGACAAUAUAUUUGUUAUUUAGACAAUAUCAUCGCACAUUAGAAACUGUAAAUCUACAACUAAAAGAAAACAAAGAAGUACUGGACGAUGUAAUAAUAACUUUGAUAAAACGAUGCCCUAAUUUAAAAAGCAUAGAUUUUCAUGGAGUUAUUUCAAACGUUGAAUUUUUACGGGACUUGUGUAUGUGUCAAUUAAGAGGAAAAAAUAAUUUGAAGUACUGCCAUGUCUUGCCAAAAGCCUUAAAUGAAGAUGAUCAUAAAAUUAUUAGUGGAAUUUAUAAAGAUCUUAAGAAUGAUAUAAUCAAAGAAGACAUAGAAUUCAAAGUAAUCAACAAUACAAUCAAAAAUCAAGUGUAUGUGUAUUAUUAAAACAAUCAAAUUAU